UAUACACGUUUAGUUUUUUAUAGUUCGUGGGAUAAUUGAAGUGCAUUUAGAAAGCAGUUUAGUUUAUUUAUAAAACGCAGCCGUGCAGUUUGUGCGUUUUGAUUUUACCCGGCAGAAUUUUGGAGACGGAGGAUGGACAUCCGCCGGCCAUCAUGCGCCCUUGUUGUACUUCUCGUGUUGUGUUACACACAAAUAUCACAAUGCAUGAAUGGCGGGAAGAUAAACUUCCGGGAGAAGGAGAAACAGAUCCUGGAUCAGAUCCUGGGUCCGGGCCGGUACGACGCCCGGAUCCGGCCGUCCGGCAUCAACGGAACUGAUGGACCGGCAAUUGUUAACAUUAACGUGUUUGUUCGGAGUAUCACCACGAUUAGCGACAAUAAAAUGGAAUACUCUGUUCAGUUGACGUUCAGGGAACAAUGGUUAGACGAAAGGCUGAAAUUCAACAAUUUGGGAGGCCGUUUGAAAUACCUGACCCUGACGGAAGCUAACAGAGUGUGGAUGCCGGACUUGUUCUUUUCCAACGAGAAGGAGGGCCACUUCCACAACAUCAUCAUGCCCAACGUCUACAUCAGGAUCUUCCCCAAUGGCAACGUGCUGUACAGCAUCAGAAUUUCUUUGACUCUGUCAUGUCCGAUGAAUCUGAAACUGUACCCGCUUGAUAAGCAGACUUGUUCACUUAGGAUGGCCAGUUAUGGCUGGACGACUGAUGACCUGGUGUUCUUAUGGAAGGAAGGAGACCCCGUUCAGGUUGUGAAAAACCUCCACCUGCCUCGCUUCACGCUAGAGAAGUUCCUUACUGACUAUUGCAACAGCAAGACUAAUACUGGUGAAUACAGUUGCUUGAAAGUGGACUUGCUGUUCAAACGCGAGUUCAGUUACUACUUGAUCCAGAUCUACAUACCGUGCUGCAUGUUGGUCAUCGUGUCCUGGGUCUCCUUCUGGUUGGACCAGGGCGCCGUGCCCGCAAGGGUUUCACUAGGAGUAACAACGCUCCUAACAAUGGCUACUCAGUCGUCGGGCAUCAACGCCAGCCUGCCCCCCGUAUCUUACACCAAAGCCAUCGACGUGUGGACAGGAGUAUGCCUUACUUUCGUGUUCGGGGCUCUGCUGGAGUUCGCCCUGGUGAACUACGCGUCUAGGUCAGACAUGCACAGGGAGAUGAUGAAGAAGACGAAGAGGGAGAUGGAGACGGCGGCCAGUAUGGACGCGGCGUCGGAUUUGUUGGAUACGGACAGCAACGCCACUUUUGCUAUGUCCCAUAUGGUAUCGUUACCUGCCCCCCUGACUGGUCUACAACUGCAGAAACCGCUGGUGCGCGACGGGGUGGACAUCAAGAUGCGGCAGUGCGAGGUGCGCAUGAGCGCGCCGCGGAAGAACUGCUGCCGGCUCUGGAUGUCCAAGUUCCCCACCAGGUCCAAGAGGAUCGAUGUCAUCUCCAGGAUCACCUUCCCCCUGGUCUUCGCCAUAUUUAACUUGGCUUAUUGGUCUACGUACCUAUUCCGCGACGAGGACGAAGAGAAGUGAUUCUCCGGUGACGCCGGCGGCGCGCCGCAAGUGGCCCGGCUCGCGGCCGCCGUGCUCGCGCCCUACGCCCUGUUCGCGGUCGCGUACGCCGCC